AUGACCUCCGAACUCAACGGCCAUGCCGUACAAUCCCAGGCUGCCCGCCGCCGCCUCGAACACCACGAGGCCGACGUAGUGAUCGUCGGUGCCGGAAUUCUGGGCUGUGCCCUCGCAGUCGCACUAGGAAGACAAGGUCGAAGUGUGAUCCUAUUGGAGGCGUCCAUGAAAGAACCUGAUCGCAUUGUCGGCGAACUGCUCCAACCCGGUGGCGUGCAGGCACUGGAAAAACUGGGUCUGCUGGAGUGUCUAGAGGAUAUCGACGCAAUUCUUGUGAAAGGAUAUCAUAUUGCAUACUACGGAGAGCCAGUCUGUCUCAAUUACCCCAGGGAGGCUCCCUCUGAGCCUGAGCCUCGGGGCCGGGCUUUCCACCAUGGCCGCUUCGUCAUGAAACUGCGCCAGGCUGCGCUUGCCUGUCCGAACGUAACGGUGGUCGAGACGAAGGCGACAGGACUGGUGACUUCGACGCAAUCACCGCAGGUUCUCGGUGUCGAGUGUGUGACCAAGGAUUUGAAGGAUUGCUACUUCGCCCAGCAAACCGUGAUCGCCGACGGAUACGAUUCGAAAUUCCGCAAGGGCCACCACCAACAUACCCCGAAGCGCCGCUCUAAGUUCUAUGGCCUGGAAAUGAUUGACGCUCCUCUCCCCUCACCCUGCUACGGCCAUGUCCUCCUCAGCGAAAGCCCGCCUGUCCUCAUGUACCAGAUCGGCACCCACGAGACCCGAAUUCUGAUCGAUAUCCCGGAUAACUUUCCCCCAGCGUCGGUGAAAAAUGGUGGUGUGAAGGGCUACCUGCGGAACACAAUCUUGCCUUCUCUUCCGAAGGAUGUGCAGCCCUCGUUCUUAGCGGCAUUGGAGAAGGACAAGUUACGGUCCAUGCCGAACUCGUUCCUGCCUGCCUCCACGAACAAAACACCCGGCUUGAUAAUCCUAGGUGAUGCGCUGAACAUGCGACACCCUCUGACAGGUGGUGGAAUGACCGUGGCAUUGAACGACGUAUGCUUCAUCCGUGACUUGCUCAGUCCCGAAGUCGUACCGAGUUUCGAAGACACAGAGCUCGUCUUGAAACAGCUCUCUCGCUUCCACUGGUUGAGGAAGAAGUCCUCGACCGUCAUCAACAUUCUCGCUCAAGCUCUGUAUAUGUUGUUUGCUGCCGAUGAUGUGAACCUCCAGGCUCUGCAGCGUGGCUGCUUCCGCUAUUUCCAGAUCGGACCUGUGGACCAGCCGGUUCUGAUGCUUGCAGGUCUUCUAAAGCAACCCCUCGUCCUCGUCACCCACUUCUUCACUGUCGCCUUCCUCUCCAUCUGGGUCCUUUUCCGCGAAACCCCGGUGACCCAACUACUCCUGUUCCCCUUCAAAUCCAUAAUGGUCUUCUGGACAGCCUGCGUCGUGAUCGUUCCAUACAUCCUCGCCGAGCUCUUUUGUUGA